CUUUGUUUUUUCAUUGUAAAGGUAUUUUUUGAGCAAGUCAGGGAAUGAUUCAGAUGAUGUUAAAGUAACUGAAUGGUUAGAAUGGGAGUCCAGUCAAUUGCAGCCUGUUCUAGGCCCCGUCAUUGCUACAGCUGCUACAAAAGAAAAAGUCAACUCAGACCCUUUGAAAACCCACCUAGCGCACAUUAACUUGGCCUUGAAAGAUAAAUCAUUUUUUGUUGGUUCUGAAUUAUCAGCAGCAGAUAUUGUACUCUGGUCAGCAAUAUAUCCAUUAAUUGCUGAGAAUUCCUCGCUCAAAUUGUUGUAUUCCAACUUGGCUGCCUGGUUUGAUAAGCUAUCCCAGCAUCCUGCAUUCCAAUCUGCUGUUUCUAUGGUAACAAAUGGCAAAGGUGUAGCAGCAUGCAAAGCAUCUAUUCAAGCUCAACCACUGGUCCGUCCAGUGACUACCAAGAAGAAAGUUGUAGAGGAGGAUGUUGAUUCUUCUAAGGUUUCAGAUGAUGAGAGAGAUUUGAUAAUUGCAGACUGGCUCCAUGGCAAAGACAACCUUCCUAAGCAUUCAAUCAAAGACAAGCCCAUUAUCCCGGUGAAAGGUGAACGUAAUGUGUUAAUCACCAGUGCCCUUCCAUACGUUAACAACGUCCCACAUCUUGGAAACAUUAUAGGAUGUGUUUUAAGUGCCGAUGUUUUUUCCAGAUACUGCAAUCUUCGUGGCUACAACACUUUGUACAUCUGUGGUACAGAUGAAUACGGUACAGCCACGGAAACCAAAGCACUUGAGGAAAAAUUAACACCAAAACAAAUUUGUGACAAGUAUUUUAAGCUGCACUACGAAAUAUAUGAGUGGUUUAAUAUCGGUUUUGACUACUUUGGAAGGACUACUACCGUGAAACAAACUGAAAUUGCACAAGAUAUAUUUUGGCGUCUUCACAAGCGCAACUUUUUGCUUGAAGAUACAGUUGAACAGCUUUUGUGUGAGACGUGCAACCGCUACCUUGCCGAUCGUUUUGUUGAGGGCACUUGCCCACUAUGUAACUAUGAAGAUGCGCGUGGGGACCAGUGUGACAAGUGCGGGAAACUAAUAAAUGCCACCGAGUUGAAGAAACCAAGAUGUAAAGUUUGCAGCAACUCACCAGUGAUCCGUAGCUCUAAACAUCUAUUUCUUGAUUUACCAAAACUUCAGCCAACUCUUGAGAAAUUCUUAAAUAAAUCUACCAGUGAGGGUGAUUGGACCCACAAUGCAAAGCUUAUUACAAACUCAUGGGUUCGCGAUGGCCUGAAGCCUCGGUGUAUCACUAGAGAUUUAAAAUGGGGGACGCCUGUCCCCCUUGAGGGCUUCAAGGAUAAAGUGUUCUAUGUGUGGUUUGAUGCCCCCAUUGGGUAUCCGUCAAUUACUGCUAAUUACACUGAUGAUUGGCAGAAAUGGUGGAAGAAUCCAGAAGAGGUGGAACUCUACAAUUUUAUGGCAAAGGACAACGUACCAUUCCACAGUGUCAUUUUUCCAUGCUCACUGCUAGGAGCCGAUGAUAACUGGACACUUGUCAACCACUUAAUCGCCACAGAGUACCUUAACUAUGAAGAUGGGAAAUUCUCCAAGAGCAGAGGUGUUGGCAUCUUUGGGACGGAUGUCUGUAAGACUGGUAUUCCUGCAGCCAUUUGGCGGUUCUACUUGCUCUACGUCCGCCCGGAAUCUCAGGACAGCGCAUUUAGUUGGUCAGAUUUUGUACUGAAGAAUAACUCGGAACUGUUGAACAAUCUGGGAAAUUUUGUCAACAGAGGAUUGUCUUUCUUGGAGAAGAAUUUCAACAGUGUUGUUCCUGAAAUGGUUUUAAGUGAGGAUGAUAAGAAUGUAAUAGUUGCUGUAGCGAAGGAGCUUAAAGUUUACGUUGAAUUACUAGAGAAGGUUAAGAUUCGUGAUGCUCUGCGUCAGAUUCUCUCAAUUUCUCGCAUUGGUAACCAACAUAUGCAAGCCACGAAGCCUUGGGAUCUCAUGAAAACUAAGAAAGAUGAAGAUAGAGUGAAAGCUGGUACUGUAAUAGGAGUUGUAGUAAACAUUAGCUACCUAAUAUCGUUGAUGCUGCACCCGUAUAUGCCAAGUGUAAGCCAAACCAUUCAGGAACAACUGCAGGCAACAACCAUCUCUAACUACCUCAGUGAGAAAUUUGUGUGCCAACUUCAGCCUGGACACAAGAUAGGAAAGCCAUCACCUUUAUUCAGUAAGAUUGAGGCUUCUCAGGCUGAGGAAUUAAAGCAGCAGUUUGCUGGUAAGCAGAAUCCUGUACCCUCUCGGCAGACACCUGUGGCCCUGCAGGAGAAGACUGGUACCCCGGAACCAGCAUUAUGUAGUCCAGCGGAUAUUGAAGAACUGAAAAAGCUAGUUACUGCUCAGGGUGAGAUUGUAAGAUCCCUGAAAGCAACGAAAGCAGAAAAAGCUAAAAUUGACACAGAGGUCAAGAAACUUUUGGAAUUGAAGCAAAACUUGGCAAAAAUGAGCGGUGAAGAGUUGCCAUCACCAGCUAGUAAAUCAAGCAAAAGUAAAAAGAAAAAAGGAGGAAAAAAAUAAAGAGGAAGAAACCUAGCGAAAUCAAGGUUUUUAACUAUAGGAUUAAUGCCUCUAACUGAUAUAAUGUAUUAUUUUAUAUUCUGAGUCUUUGAAAUAGGCAUCAAGUGACAGCACCUUUGUAACUGGUUUUAGUGGAUUUUUUUUUUUCAAAGUCAACAAACCUAAAUUGCAUUGGAGUGCAGAAACUGAACUAUGGCUAUAUCAAGUUUUUGGUGCUCUAAUUUUUAAAACCAACAUCACGGAUUCUAAUUCCUGCAUAUCCUUUAUUCACCCACUUUUAUUUAGUUUAUUAUACAUAAAAGAUUACAAUAUGUAUAAAUGUAACACAAUUUUUAAUAAAAAAUAAAUUAAUAAACAUUAUACAACAUUUGCAAUCUAGUAUAGUAAAGGGAAAUGCAAUGCCAUUUUUUUGUAGUUCUCAGUUUUUUUUUCCUAGAAUUGCUUCACUGGCUGAUAGGUUGACCAAAUGUUACUUUAAGCUUUGGAUAGUAUUCAAUGGUGUAUCUAGGAGUAUUGACGUUGAAGUGAUGGCAAGGGACAAAAAGUUUUAUGGGGCUCAAUGAUUAAGUGAGGGAGGAGUGUUAUGAGUUGAUCAUUUCCCGAUAGGGGCAGGGGACCUGCACUGCACAUACUUCAUGGUCGCUAUGUGCUAUAAAGCUAUAAACUGAUUACUGACGGUCUAAUAUGCUUUCAGGUUCAAAAACUGACAAUUUUCUUAGCUGAAUAUUCUUUUAAAAAAAGGUACCCAGUCACUCCAGAUGCUGUUAUACUUUAAAAUUUAAGUUACAUCAAGUACUUAAUUGAAUUAAGCAAGCAACCAACUUAAUGCCGAUUUUCUUUCCAAUGAAAAUGCCCACCAAAAAAAAUACUAUAGAAAGUCCAUUUCAGUGUUGACUUGCUCAUUCCAUUUCCGUAUAAUUUUAUGUCAUGAGAACAAUAAAUCAGAACCAGAACAUCGUUUUUUUGUUGUUUUACUUUAAAGGUACCAACGGCACAAUACUCUUUGCAUAUACGUACCAAGGGUCUAACACCAUCAUCAUUACUAUUAUAAUCUUCAUAAUCGUAAUUAUAACCCUUAUAUCAUAAUCAUCAUCACUUAAUAUCAUCAUUUCUUAUUGUCAAAAGGACAUAGUUGUACUGAUUCAUAGAAUCUGUGAUACUCUCCAUCGCACCUCAAUUUCCUGCAUUGGUAACCAACGUUUGAAGGCCACCAAGGCCUGGGAUCUUAUGAAUAUUUACCUGCCCCUGCUGCUAUUGAAAUAAAAAAAACCUAAAUGUGCAGUCUCUCAAAGAUGUGGCCACUGAAUGGAACAGCAAUGCAAGGACAAUAACGGUACGGUAAUGUUAAAUGUUCUUGAGCAAAGACAACAAUGUUAGCUGUAAACAUGUUGCAAUGCUGCUUCGACAUGAAAUAUAAUUUUGAAUGCUUAUUAUAAUGCAUAAUGGAAGUUGAUUGCUAAAUUGUUGCAUUCUAUACGGUGAGAUCCCUAAUGUUUGUAAUGCAGAGGUGAAUUUUGAAAACUACUAUUUAAAAAAAGCCUACAAAAUUAAGGAAAGAAUGACUUGUGUUGUGGUCACCAUUAGCUGAGUAGAUGGCUAAGAGGAAUUGUUCCUGCUUUAUGUGCUGAAGACCCCAGUUCAAUUCAAUUGGGUUAUAAUUGGAGUAUGAUCGAUAGUGGAUCGAGGUCCCCCACAAAAAAGGUGGUCAUGGUCAGGCGUCGCUGAAAAAUAUGAUAAUUUGGGGUUUCAAAGGCUUAAUUAAUCGAUUUUGGUGCUGGCGGCACCUCUGUGACCACCUAAGAGAAUAAUAUCACUAUUAACAACAAUUUUCUAUAGUAAUUUAUUUAUAAUUCCUGGAGCUUGCAAUGACAUGAACUUAAUUGUUUUAGCAUCAUGAAGUUUAUUUUAUAUCUACAGAGUAUUCUAUUUAUAAACAAAUGUUAUUCUGUUGUAUUAUAUGACAAUUUAAUAAUAAUGUGUGCCAAGAAAAUACAUUUUCAACUAAAACAAAUUGUGAAAAUAAUUUCUAUCAGAAUAGUUUUACCUAUUCAAAUUUGUAUACACUCAUAUAAAGUAAAAUUUCGGCAAAUAUAUUUAGGGUGUUUUCAAACAACUAUAAGUUAUGUCUAACAUUUGUUUAAUUCUUUUUGGUGUUACUGUUAGUUUUUUUAAAUUUAAAUAAUUGACUGCAUUACAUUCUUUUCCUCAUUUAAAUCUCAAAAGGG